UACUCACCGCCAGCACGUAAAACUCUACAAAUUUCCUCUCCCGCUUCGCUUGUUUGUCUGUGUUCGAAACCCUACAUUCAUUUCCCCUGCAAUCAUGAAGCUCGUUAGGUUUUUGAUGAAGCUGAACAAUGAGACGGUCUCAAUCGAGCUAAAAAAUGGAACUGUUGUCCAUGGAACUAUCACAGGUGUGGAUAUCAGCAUGAAUACACAUUUGAAGGCUGUGAAGCUUACUCUAAAGGGUAAAAAUCCAGUCACCAUGGAUCAUUUAAGUGUGAGGGGCAACAACAUCAGAUAUUAUAUUCUACCUGACAGCUUGAAUCUCGAGACUUUACUUGUUGAAGAGACACCGAGGGUCAAGCCGAAGAAACCAACUGCAGGGAAGCCUAUGGGACGUGGACGAGGACGUGGACGUGGGCGCGGUCGUGGUCGUGGACGCUAGAUUUGUUGCAGUUGUUUCAAGUUUUGAGACCGGUAGUGUAAACACUUGUAUUGUAGCGAAGGAUUCUGAAUUUAGUGACGGUAUAGCAAUUCACUGCUCAAUCUCAUGUGUUUAUUACAACGUUAUCCAGUUGUUUUUCUAUGAUUGACGUAGCCUUACUAUGUUUUUUUUGAUGCCUGGGGUCUGUUAUUGAUUUACACUCUAAUAGCAUCACAAUGAUCAAACUCUGGCAUGACUCUAGAUUGGA